GUGGUUCACCCUAUCCACGGAUGGACGGAAGAAAAAUUGCGAACUCACUUCAGGAGGGAUACAGGAUGCCUAAACCACAACACGUGGAUGAUAAGUUGUAUGACAUUAUGACAAAAUGUUGGAGAGAGGACCCUAACUUGAGACCAUCUUUUAAGAAUUUGAGAAACGAACUCAAAGAAAUGGAAAACCAGCACAAGGGGUUGAUUAACUUAAAACAUUACGAUGAUCGACUGUACGUUAAUGUCGACGAUCUAGACGUGUAAGCGAGCGAUUCCCAAACAGGAAUGGAUGGAGUAAUAGA